CGGCUAACAGCGCUUGCGCCGCCCGGCUCCUCGGCUUGUGCUCCCGCCGCUGCCCCGCCAUGGCCGCUUCCUCCUGCAGCCCCGCUCCGCUGCGGCCCGCCACCCACCUGAUCUUUGAUAUGGACGGUCUCCUGCUGGAUACUGAGCAUCUUUAUACUGUGGUUUUUCAAGAAAUAUGUGAACGCUUUGGAAAGUCUUAUACCUGGGAUUUGAAAUCAUUAGUCAUGGGUAAAAAAGCAUUGGAGGGAGCACAGAUUAUUCGAGAUGUACUUGAACUUCCCUUGACCAAAGAGGAGCUACUGCAUGAAAGUAAAAUGAAGCAGGAAAAAAUAUUUCCUAAUGCUGCAUUGAUGCCAGGGGUUGAAAAGCUGAUCCGCCAUCUACACCAACACAAUGUACCUAUAGCUAUUGCCACUAGCUCAGCCAGAGUGACAUUUCAGAUGAAAACAAGCAAACACAAAGACUUCUUUAGUCUAUUUAAUCAUAUUGUGUUGGGAGAUGACCCAGAUGUGAAGAACAGCAAACCACAGCCUGAUGCAUUUUUAAUUUGUGCAAAGAGAUUUCAUCCUCGUCCUCCUCCAGAAAAGUGUCUUGUGUUUGAAGAUUCUCCACUUGGAGUGCAAGCAGCAUUGGCAGCUGGGAUGCAAGUGGUUAUGAUUCCAGAUGAAAAUUUGAAUCAAGAUCUUACAAAGGAAGCAAAUCUAGUGCUGAAAUCUAUGGAGGACUUUGAACCAGAACUGUUUGGUUUACCACCAUAUGACUAAGGACUAAUAUAUUUCAACAUGUUCUUUUUUUAUGGAGAUUGGGGGAUAGGGAAUGAAAAUUUAGGGUAAAAAAUGACCUAUUUUUCAUUUUUUUUCCCCAAAAUAAAACAAUGAAGUCUUUCAUGAUUUACUUUUAAAUUUCACUAGAUACUUUUGGUUUGUCUUCUUCACUGCUAAGUGAAAGGAAUAUUUCUUCUUGCCUGUCCUUCACCUCUACUAGUCUUGUCAUCUGCAUAAUGUCAAUUACACUCAGAGCAUUUGCAAAAUGGCAAAGACAAUCUGCUUCAAACAUGGAGGUUUUUGCUCUGGUUUGCUUGAAUAACAGACUUCUUAGAACAAUGGUUCUCAACAUUUUCCCUGUUACGGGUAGGCUGUUGUCCCCUUAUACCAUCGUGCUGCAUAGUUGCCGCCACCUAUCCCUUUGUCUUUCCUGUUCUUAUCUUCUAGUUGGAUUUUUUGUUUUUGUGUGUUUUAUUUUCAUGUUGUUCUUUUUUUUCUCUUGUUUUGUGACUUCCCCUUUCUGGAAUGGGGUGGAGGGGGAACCCACUGUCAGCUUCCUAUGGCCAUAUGCACUUGCAGCUCAAUUGAGCUCGAUGUAAGCCUCUGUAACUCUACUACUCCCUACCUAUCCCCCCCUCUCAUUUCACAUAGCCUCUUCCCCAUUCCUUUUGAUCCCCCAACGGUGCUAGCCUUGUCUGUCCAUUUUCAGCUUCUUACAUAAACCUUUCUGUGUUUUUCCAUUCUUUCAUGCUUCCUCCUUUAGCCUUCAUGAGCCUUCAGAAGGCCCCCUAUCAUGUGCCAGAGUUAAGUCCUUCUGAAGAGUCUUUACAUUAUUACAGAGAGUUCUGCUGAUUUAAUACUGAAAGUAAUAUUUAUGUUUGUUUUGUAGCUCAAAUCUUAUUUUGCCAAGCACCAUCUUUACCAUCCUACAUGUUAUAUUCAUUCCUGCUAAGCCGGGUCCAUUUCUGUCUAUCUUUAGAUUGUGAGCUGUUCAGGAAAGUGACUGUAUUUUCUUUUUGGAAAGUAUAAAGCCCAUUGUGAGUGCUACUAUAAACAAACAAAUAAGUACACCUCUACCUUGAUAUAACGCUGUCCUCGGGAGCCAAAAAAUCUUACCGUGUUAUAGGUGAAACCGCGUUAUAUUGAACUUGCUUUGAUCCACCGGAGCGUGCAGCCCCACCCCCUGGAGUGCCACUUUACACAUUAUAUCCGAAUCCAUGUUAUAUCGAGUUGUGUUAUAUCGGGGUAGAGAUGUAUAAUUUGAACGGUGGAACAUAUCCAGGGUUGUUAAAAUUCUUGUUCCCUACUGCUGUUCUCCUCUGUGUCUUGACUUCCCUGUACUACUUUGCCCCAGCCUCUGGAUUGGGAAACACUAAUUUAAAAGAUCUUAACUCUUGUAUGGGGAUAAUGAUUGCAUUCUAAAUUUGAAAAUAAAAAUAACCUUUUAGCUGUGGGAAGUCCUAAAUUACUCUCAUAAUCACAGUAAAACUUCUUCCAUGAAAAUAGUGAAUGUAAAAAAUGUUGAAGAUAAGAAACAGGUUCUUCAGUAUUAUAUUUCAGUGAAUAAUAUCAGACGUUUCCUUCUAAUAUGCAUGUGGAAAAAAAUUAAAUGGUUGAAUGAUUAGA